AUGAAUCACAAGAAUUGGAAUGACCGUGCGGACAAGGACUUGUUUUUUACUAUUUUAUCCGUAAAAAACAUUGGCGUUAUCAGCGGAGGAGAGUGGACCACCAUUGGCAACCAUAUGCGAAGCAUGGGCUACGGCUUCACCAAUGAAGGAUGUCGACAACACUUUCAAGGUCUUCGCAGGCUUCAAAACAAGGCCGAGUCCAAGGCUGCCGCUCUACCAGAGACAACUCGCCGUGUUGACCCAACCUGGAACCCCAUUACUCGACGACCAGGUCCGGGUAGAGGCCGACCUAAGAAGCUAUCUGUCGGCAAUGCAGAAGGCGAGUCGCUACAUGUAGUACCUGGCGCAGGAAUCACUCCAAUCCCUAUACCUGUCCCCGGUGCACUUCCCACGCCGGGCACGACGCAGGAGGCACAAACACCAGAUCAAAAGCAAAUACAGCAACAGCUGCCACCGCAUGACAAGGAAAAAGAAGACGCUGCCACAGCCGCAACACCAGAAACUACUGCCUUGACCACGGGAACGCCGGCCACCGCUCCCACUGCAACGGAAACGGCUGACGCUACGGAUGGGACUCCAAUGGACGAGGAUGUAGAUCAGGACGCAGCGAACGCCGAGGAACCAGAGCAACAUCCUGCCAAGCGUCAGAAACUAGACACACAAGAGGCAGAACAAGAACAACCUCUCGAUGACGAAGCGGUCUUGGCGCUGGCAGCACAUAAUGGUGCGACAGGCGGUAGUUAUCCAGAAGAGUAG